AUGAUGAGAAUGAUUAGCUUCGUCUGCUUGAUUGCUCCCGUGGCGCUGGCGGUGAGCGAUUUCGUCAUGCCAGGCUAUGGUCUUUGGGAGCUGACUAAUCGUCUGAGCGACAUGGGCGAGCUCGAAGCCGAGUCGGUUUGGAACCAAGCUUGCAGGGACCAUGUUGGUCGAGGUGUCAGGUCGGACUUCGGCUGGAUAGAAGACCGAAGAGCCUAUGGUCUGUAUUGCCAUGCGCCAGGUGCUCUGGAAGGCUCCGAUAAGACCGAAGACACCGUCAAAUAUCUCAACACCAAAGUGCAGCCUGACAAGGAAGACUGGACCAUCGAGGCGGUCUCAUCUCCAGCUUCUACGGGACAGACUACAGAGCACAUGAACACUGUAAUGGUGCACCGUACUCACACUCUGGCGAGCGCAGAUAUGGAGUCUCCCAACACGUCGUCAAGCCAUGCAGAGCAUCGCGAAGUGCAGGUCGGUGACAAGACGGUUGUGCCUGAAAGCAAGCUGUCAUUGACUUACCAGAUCGUCGAAGGAUGGCAAAAGAAAGUCAAGAGCCUCGAAGCACAGCUUCAAACGGAGAUUGAGGCCCCGCUUCAGCACUUCUCAAAAGACAAGGGGCCACAAAAGCUCCAAUCAAUGUUGGACCUGGAUGCAACACAUGGCAGAACAGAGGACUACCACAACUUCGUGAGGGUCGACUGUCGGGGAGCGCUGGACAUAGCUUUGGCGAAAGAGGAGGGACAAGCUGCGGAGCAACCAGCAGCAAAAAAUUUGCGAAUGGAGCGCAGCGCUGACUUGCCAGCUUCAAUCUCAACGACAGCUUCGACAUUUGCCAAAUCGACUUCAGGUGUGCUUGCGAGCUACGACAAGAACAAGCCUGGAUCAUCAGCAAGACAAGCUCCAAGACAUCACUUCUGAUCGGCGUGUAUGACGCUCCCCC